UAGCAUAGAGGGUGUUGAUAUUGUGUGAUAAACUUUGAAGAUCAUUGGAAAUCAUCCGAUUACCAGAGUACUCGAUCGGAAUAAUGACCGAAUACUAGAGUAUUAAUUUUGGUAUUCGUUUCUAUCCAUAAUAAAAAUAGAUCUAUUGACAUACUUCCAAAAUCGAUACGUUCAUAAAAUCCACACGUUAUUAUUACUUACAUUAGUGACAUGGGCACAGAUAUUCUAUUCAUUGGACUACAAGAUCAGAGUGAUGGCGUUUUCCUCAAGAUUUGGUGGAAUAUGUCUACGUAUAGUUCAAUGUGGAACAUAUUUUCCUUUAUUCUUCGCAUUUGAAGGAAAAUAUUUUGUUUAUUUAUUUACACUUCACAUGAUUUCUUUUUAUGGUGCAACUAAACUUUUACCGAAGAGCACUGCCUUUGAGAAUUCAUUGAUCUUAAAUAGUCUGUCAUUUGUAUUUUCGUGUUUAUUAUGGUACUAUAUUUUGGAUGUAGGUAUAGAUUUUUCUAUUUUUCUUGGUCUUUUCAUUCUGUACUUUCAAUUCAUUUUGAUACCAUCGGUAUGCAGUUGGUUUCAGCAAGUUAUAGAAAAAAUACAGCUCUGGAUAAAACUACAGAAUGAUAUUCUACAAUGUCAUGCAGCGUGGAAGAAAUACCUGUUUUAUGGAAUAUGGGCUUUAAACAUGGUCUGUACUUUAUCAACAUUCAUAUACAUUAUAUAUACAUUAUUUAAUGCAGUGAAUUAUUUCUACAAAGACCAUGGGCUUAAAGAGAUUAAUAUUCACGAAAUAGAAAAAAACGAUUGCAUUCCUUAUACAUCUUUCCCUGAUCAACUGUGGUUUAGUGGUUCUGACCUGGAGGAGAGCGUUAACGUGUAUUAUAUGAACGAUUCUAUAUCUUAUAUAGGCGACCGGCUGAUAAUCUUGGAGAGCAUUAGCAAGUCAAUGAAAGAAAACAGCAAACUCUGUAAAACGUUUAUAGGUGAGGAUUUCUUAGUCACGUUUGAUAUAUCGCGCGAUCAAUAUUCAGCUUACCAAAAUAUGGAAUACUACUGGUCAUUUAAUGGAACACGAAUUUUCGAAAACUCCUUCGGAAAGUAUACUUACUGGCAUACAACAUCCGAGAGGACACUUUCAUUUCAUUUCCUUGUAAAAGUCACGGAUUAUAAAGACGCUGGUAUGUAUGUGUUACACAGAAAAACCACGGAGAAUUAUUCUUUAAGAGGUAAAAAGAUAAAAUAUCAAAUGCUCAGAAAAGACUUUAAGCAGUUCAUUGAUGUUGAGCAAAAUGUUGUAGAAAGGAAAGUUCUUAAGUUUUGUUUGAUUCUUUUUGAGUAUCCUUUGGUAGCCAAAAGAGAUGUAGGAACAUUGGUUACAAUAAAUAACUUCUUCAAAAUAUCAACGUUUCGAUUUCACGGGCUCAAGAUGAAACCGGUGUAUCUGAUCAACGGGAGGGAUGUUAGAGAUGUGUGCCCAUUGGAAUCAUCUUGUAAUCCGACAGUUUCUUUUCAUCAUAACCGAAAUUUGUUCAAGCUAACUUCUGAAGUAAAGAACCACUCUUCAAUUUUAAGAGUUAAUGUUUCGUUUUGUGUUUGCCCAAAGGCUUAUGGAAUUCACGAGUUUUAUUUUGUCUUUGAUGACGCCUUUGAGGUAAAGUUUCCUUUAUCGUUAACUCUUAAACCACCUGAUGAAGUUUUGCAGUCAUCAUUUUUCUUAGCUAUGUUAGAAUGCUGUAGGAGUGGCUCCAUUUAUAUCGACCCUUUUGAUAUUAUUAUGGAUUCAUACAUGAAACAAAAUGUGUUUUAUUCCAAAAUGGAGGAAAGAUUCAUACAGCAAAAAAACCUAGAACACCUUUAUAUAGUUUGUAUGUUGGCGUUCUCAUUAUUUGCAGCCAUUAUCGUUUACAAAAUGCAAAGAAUUUUACUAUACUGCUUCUUCACUGAACAGAAAAUUGAAUGUUCAGAAGACAAAAUUUAUGUACCAAAAUGUGACAUUUUUAUAUCAUAUUGUGACGAAGACCAAGAUGUAGCUGAAAAGUUAUUUUUACCAUUUAUGUGCGAUUUGGGAUAUAAAGUACACACGUACAGUGAUAUUCCCGGGAAUAUGGAUACCAGAUACGCCUUGAAAGAAUAUAUUAGAACCUGCAAGGUUUUCAUACUCAUUCUUUCGGAGAACUACUUGAAUGACAACCUUUAUUUUAAGUUACAAUAUGAAAUGACGAUUUUGAUGUCAGUAGCGGAGUCAAUAAUUGAGCAUGAAAAUAUAUUGGUUAUAAGGUCUGAUAAUUGCCGGAAGGACGCUGAUCCUCUAAAACGAUUCCGUUACAUAGACUGGACCAACACAUUGCUUAAUCUGCGUUCAGAUGAAGAGAAAAAAGACGAGCUGAGAAUAUGGCUUACAAAAAGACUCAGGCCAAAUGUUGUAUGGCUUUUUGUUUCAAACUGGUUGAUAAAACCUUGUUUAUGUGCUAUUCGUUGGGUUUAUUACGCCAACCUCUAGAUAUUGCACGAUGUAGUUUUUUAGAAUGUCAUUUCCAUUUCACAUAUAUUUGACUAAUUGCUGCAUGGCUUUGUAAUUUGUAUCAAUGCAUUUUACAAAUAACGUACAAAUGUAUAUGAAUUUAAUCUUGGUUAAGUUAUGCUUCUUAUUAAUACUAUUCAACGCAUUUAUGAAUAUAUGCUUAUUUUAUAAUUGAUAUAUGAAAUGAGGUAACAAAUAAAAAAACAUAUAUGA